CCGUAGCAUGUGCUUUCAUUGGUCAGCUUCUGCUCCGUGUUUAUUUCCGGAAGAAAGUUCUCAGUGUCAGACUUCCCAUAAGGACUAUAAAACUUCAAAUCUUCAACGCCGUAACAAAAGGUGCGUCCUCACACACAGGAUGGCACACUGGUUUCACAGAAACCCAUUGAAGGCAACAGCGCCUGUGUCUUUUAACUUUUAUGGAGUGGCAGGGAGCCCCGCUGCCAAUAAGACAUGCAAUGACCUAAGGACAACCAGGGCGAGACUGCUGGAGAUGUUCACUGAUGUCACAUGUAACCCUGAGAUGAUGAAAAAUGCCACAGAUGCAUACUUGUCCCUCUUACAAGGCUUUAUCUUAUCCUUGGAUGGAACUACACAGGAGAACAAGAUGAGGUUCAUUCAGAACUUCAAGUGGACUGAUACCUUACAAGGAAACACACCAAGUACCCAGCAGGAUGCGGUCUUUGAAGUGGUCUCCAUGGCCUUCAAUGUAGCCAUCUGGUACACUAAGUUUGCCUCGAGACUAGCAGGAAAAGAAAAUAUAACAGAGCCUGAAGCAAAAGAUGUUCACCGAAGCCUGAAGGUUGCUGCUGGAAUAUUCAAAAACCUCAAGGAGGUUCACAUCCCUCGCCUCAUCACACCAGCUGAAAAGGGCCGAGACCUGGAGUCCAGAGUGAUGGAUGCAUAUAUCAUCCAGUGCCAAGCAGAAGCGCAAGAAGUGACAAUUGCCAGAGCGAUUGAACUGAAGCACAAUGCCACACUCAUUGCAGCACUGGCAUUUGAAACAGCAAACUUCUAUCAAAAAGCUGACCACACACUGAACACUUUGGAGCCAGAGUGCAGCAGCAAGUGGAGAAAGUAUCUUCAGCUCAAGCAGCACUUUUACAUGGCUUAUGCAUACUGCUAUCAUGGGCAGACACUGCUGGCAAGUGACAAGUGUGGUGAGGCUAUAAGAUCUCUCCAGGAAGCAGAAAAGUGUUAUUCCCAUGCCAAGGCACUGUGUAAAGAGUAUCGUCAGACCAAAGGGCCGGGCACCACUGCCAAACCAUCAGAGCAGCUGUUUUUCAUCAAACUGGGUGGCCUCAUUAAAAACACACUGGAGAAGUGCCAGAGAGAAAAUGGCUUCAUAUACUUCCAUAAGGUCCCAGCUGAGGCACCCCAGCUGGAGUUGAAGGCCAGCUAUGGCCUGGCUGAGCCAAUCCUGUUCGAAAUGCCGCCUCUCAGCAAGCAGUGCACUGCUGAAGUAUAUGCCACCUUUGACCUGACUAAGGGAACCAAAAAUGACAAGGCUAAACCCAAGGAGGAAGAGGUGAAACCAGUGAAGGAGCCAGAUUUGAAGCCUCAAAAGGACACAGGGUGUCUCAUCUCCUAAACUUUCCACAGAUUUCAUUUUCAGCCUUGAGUACCAUCGAUUAUAAUGAUGGCAUCCAUAGUUCCUUCAAUGUAAACCUCCAUAGGAAAAUGUAUUUUUUUUUUUGUGAGAUUAAUCCAUGGUGUUUUACAUUUAUACUGAAACGUAUAUUGUAUUUGGGUAUGACAGCCAUUAUCAUUGCAUUUAAGCAAGAGCCACUUAAACAUCAUAGUAUGUGGCCACAUCCUCAAAACAGCUCAUGAUUUAUUCAAUGCAAUCAGCUUGUUUAUAAAAUAAACCUGAAAUGUUAAAAAAAAUUGACAGUUCUUUCAGGUUAUGAUCAGUAACUAUAUGUCAACUGAGAGAUUGCUUUAAAUUAGGUCAUCAUCAUAAAUGAGCCUUGUGGGCAAUGUGGUUCCAUUAAUGGUGCCUUUGUCGUCAGGGUAAACCUGGUGACUGUGUCCCCUUACAUAAGUGUCUGGUUUUUAAACCAUUUGACACUGGAGUACUCCGGCCUGAUGAUAGACCAUUAAAAAAAUGGAAAUCGGUCUUCAUAUUACAGAAUUAAAAAUACUAAAAAAAUACCUCAGGAUAUAGAUCUAAACAAAAGAUGCAGUAGUAGCAUCUGAAAAGAAAAACAGGCUAAUUUUUAUAUUGAAUAUUUCAUAGACUAUGAUGUCACUAUCUGGAACGAGUAAAUGUAGGAAUUGCAUUCACACAAUCACCUUGUAAAUUAAAAUACGUUUAGAUGAUUGGAUUGCAUUUCAAGCUGAGAUUUGUGCAGAAGUUUGUUAUAAAACAUACAAAAUGACAAAAUGAACAGGACCGCAUGUGUUAUUGCUGGUUUUAGCUGUAGCAGUUUACAGUCAAUAUGUAAUUUAGAUCACAAUGUAUGCACUGUAGUUCUUUUUGUAUCCAAUAUGACAUAGCUGUUUUUCUACUUUGACUAUUCAUUUAAGGAAACUUUAUUACUGGAUAAGACUGAAUCAUUCUUUCAUAUGAUGAUGUCCCUUUGGGGAUAUUAUCCGUGAUAGGUCUUAAUUUAUUUCUAUUGUUAGGUAAUGAUAGAUAAAUUGACAAAUUAUAACACUUAACACUGUAUAGAGUUCUGUUUAAUGUCAAAUCAUAUGUUUUUGGUGAUGCUGAUUUUCAUUAUGUUUAAGUGGACACAUCAGAAUAUCCACUGAUAAUGCUUACUCCUGUAACCUUUUUAGCUUCUGAGAGUGCUGUUGUCAGUAGUUGACACAAUGUAUGUGUAUGUAAAUAUGCACAUCUGCUGGGUGUUAUCCUCUUCCUUAAAGACAGAUUAGGGCAGUGUCAGGUGUCAACAUAGCGGGGGAGGAAGAGCACAUGAACAUUUGUGUCUAAAAUAAGUUUAUGUGCUAUUGAAAAGCUGCUACAACUGCUUCACAGAAGUUGCUCAUAUUGUCAAAACUGUCCCACUUAAUAUAGCCACGUCAGAUGAAGCGCAACUAUAAUGCUCAAAACUUGUAUAAACUGUAAUGUACAGCUCACAUGUACUCAUUCAUGUCCCUACAGGUAUAUUAGCUUACCUUAGACUAGUUGUGAAAAAGAAGACAAAUGUACCUUCUAAUUAAAUUUCAUUAUUGCACAUUGUAUUCUGUUGUGCAGGAAUCUCAGUUUGUUAAGACAUUGAAACUUCAUUACAGUUUACACUCCUGUAGCUCUUUAUUCUGGCUCUAACGAUGUCUUUCAUGUGAAAUGUAUUUCAGAGAGUAUUAAAU